AUGAUGAAGCACGACCAGACUCAUCAAGGACAAUUAUGAACAGUGUCAUUUUUGGUGGACCUGGACAAAACUGAUCAUGACAGUACAACAUGAACAUUCUUCCUCCACCUGGCUGCACUUUUACAAGCAGCUGCAGCAGCUGUGCUUGGUUCUAAUUUCUCUUGCUGUCCCUGUCUACUCAUUUAGAUUAUUCCUGCAAACUGUUCGCGAUUCUAAUUUUCCUUGCUGUAACGACGCGUACGCUCGAGGGUAUGAUUCGUUUGGCGACGGCUCAUGCGAAGCUGCGACUUUCCAAAGAGGUCACGGUUGAGGAUGUAGAAGUAACACGCAAACUCCUGAUGAAGAUUAAGGGUAGUUUAUCACUAUCCCAUGUGACCUAUGCGGAGUGGAGUCCUUCUUGAUUUGAUGGGGAAGCUGAGGGGUAAAGAUGAGGACCCACUCGCCUCGGGAUAGUGAAUAACAAACUGCCUUUAAGAAGAGCAGGAGCAUGGAAAGCAAAGUAGCUGAAUAUAAUAACGGAGAGGACCCGAACGCGGCUGCACGGUCCUACACUUUGUUUUAUGUUUAGAACUGUUAGAUUAAAGAAGCUAUAGCCCGCGAAUAGGUACAUCAAUCAAUCAAUUAAUCAAGAUGAUUGAAGAAGCACGGAAUUUUACAACAUCAAGAUGAUUGGCACUCACAGGAACAAGCGUGGUCGCGGACAGGAUGAUGACAACAUGGACGUGGAUGAAGAGGAAGAUGAGGAAGCCAAGAGACAGCGCGUCGAAGAACAGGAAGCAAAGAUUGACGAGAAUUUGUAUCUCAAAUUCAAGGACAUCGUCUUCACUUAUGAUCACUCCGCGUAAUUCAUGAUUAGAAGUUUAUCAAUCGGUUAUUCUGCUCUCCAACAACAGAAGGUGGUACAGGAUAGUUGAAAGGCCUCGACGGUGUCAGUAUGACACAUAAAAGAGGAUCCAUGACAUGACAUGAGAAGCAUCUUGAAGCUGUUGCUCUCGUCCCAUAUAAUAUUGUCAAAGGAGUAAGUAAGAUUGACUAAAAGAGGAGCGUAGAAGGUAACGUAUGAGUAAAGUGUAGAGGACGAGUGCGCCCUCUUCUUCUGGGCUGGCGAAUUGUUAGUUACCAGCGAUUUUGUAGCAUCUUGAAACUGUUGCAGCUCUCUGAUAUAGUGGAAGCAAAGUUUUGAACACCCACUCCAUGGUUAGGUUUUUGUUUUCUACCGACCCUAGAAAAGGUGGAAGCUUCAGGAUGCAUUGCAAGAGGAAUCACGCGUGAGCUCUAAUUCAACAUGUUCCGCAACCAGCAGCGUUACGACCUCCCCCUGGACGAAAUUCAAGAAAAGGUUCAAGAAGAUUAUGAUGAGUUAGUGGACUAGUAGCUUUAGUUGUACAAGAAAUUCAACACAACUCACUACAGAUGAUAUCCCACGUAGUGGUAGUACUAGCACUUCGUCGAGUUACACACCCUCUAAUCCACUACAAAAAUGGACAACCUCGAGUACGAUGCUUGCCUUCAGCAGUUUAUCCGCGAGAGGAAGGGGAUGAUGCAAGCAGACAUUCUGUAUUUGACCGCAUAA